AUGCAUGAGACGAACAACCGCAACUUUGACAUGGGAGUCAAGACUACCAGUUGUCCUGAAAAAAGUCAGCGAAAGGAAAGCACAAUGCAACAGGAGGCGGAUUUGCUAUUCCGCCACAAGGCCAACGACAAUCAACGCCCACAGCGACGACAGUACACAUCGAAAGCCUGCAACGAGUGCCGUCGACGCAGAGCCAAGUGUGACGGGGCCAGUCCUUUCUGCUCUCGCUGUGCCCAACGCGGCAUUGCUUGCCAGUAUAGGGCCGAGGAGGACAGGCGGCGACCUGCCGCCCGGUCUUAUGCUGAGAUGCUACGAGGCCGGAUCGAUCUUCUCGAGCGCGUAAUACGGCUCAACUCUGUGGACUUCGACGCCAGCAUCGCCGUGCUCAAGACAAGGGAGCGAUCGCGAAAGCUUGGCGACGAGUCACCGUUGAGCAGCGAUGAGGCCCUGGACGGCGAUGCCAACAGCUCGCCAGCAAUAUGCGAAGAGCCCUCUGAGUCUUUCAGUGGGAUGCUUUCGUCAGAUAAAGCUCUCAACUUUGAGCGAGAUGGGGAGAUCCGCUACUUCGGGCCAACCAGUGGCAGACUCAAUUUCGGAUCCCGAGACUGCAAUACUACAUAUCGUACGAAAGUGUCAGACACGUCGAAUCCACUCGCAGCCGAAUUAUCCCAUGUCCGCGCCCAAGUAAAUCGAAGUUUCUCCUCCGAUGACCACGACACCAUAUCAGAACAGCUCAAACUCCACUUGAUUGAUCUAUAUUUUGAGUGGUACCAACCAUGGUGCCAAAUGGUGGAUGAGCACCUUUUCCGAGAGUCCCGAGCCAGCCACGGCCGGUUCCAUAGCCCCCUGCUAGAGCAUUGCAUCUUGGCUGUCGGCGCAAGGUUUUCAGACGUACCCGAGCUGAGGUCCAAUCCGUCUGAUCCAAAUACCGCAGGGCUUUUGCUUUUUGACAAGGCCGAUUUGAAGUGGCCGACCAUCACUACAAUACAGUCCCUCAACUUGCUGAGCAUCCUACACGUGGCUGUUGGAGCCGACGCUGCCGGAUGGCUACGUCAAGGAAUGGCGAUUCGCCUAGCUCUUGACAUGGGUCUGAAUCUUGAUGCGGCUUCUUUGCGCGGUUCAAACUUGUUAACGACCGAGGAAAUCGAACUUAGACGCCAGAUAUAUUGGGCUCUAUAUUGUGACGACAAAUUAUACGCCAUCUACACAGGUCGUGUGUGCACCAUGCUGACUGAUCGCCAGUUCAGUCAUGUCAAGCAUCUGUUCAGUUACCGUCUCUUUGUCCUGAUAGCUCGAACACUCAAUUGA